AUGGUUGGUUUCAAGAGCACAGAUGUGACCCCUUCAGCUGCUGUUAAGGUCUUUUCAGCUGGAACUGCUGGCUGUGUGGCUGAUCUGGUCACUUUCCCCCUGGACACAGCCAAAGUCAGACUGCAGGUGAGCGAACAAAGGGUCAGAGGUGACUCAAAUUCAAACAAGUAGCUGGUCUUUGAAAACAUUUGUUUUUUGUCCUAUUUUUCUACCUGGUCUUUUGCAGCUAUGUCACUUUAUUUUGUAUGUUGAAUACCAGACUUCACGCAGUUCGAGGUUACUUAUCUCUGGAGCUUAAAUACUGAAUUUUGCUCAGUGUAAACAGAAGAGCAAAUGUCAUUUUUAAAUUCCAUAUCUAACAUUCAUUCAAUAUAUUCCAGAUUCAGGGUGAAGCCAAGCCCCUCAUCAGAGGCCAGAGGGCGAAAUACAGAGGCGUGUUUGGCACCAUCUUCACCAUGGUGAAGACCGAGGGUCCGACCAGCCUGUACAGUGGGCUGGUGGCGGGACUGCAGAGACAGAUGAGCUUUGCUUCAGUCCGUAUCGGCCUGUACGACACCAUGAAGCAGUUCUACACCAGGGGCUCAGAGAGUAUGUGUUUAAAUGUUUUAACAGAUUGAUAAAUAUGCCGUUUAAAUAAUCAUAACAUCUAUUUUUAUCAGCAAGUUCAGAGCAGUAACCAUUUUUUCUAGUGGUUAUAUAUAAUCGUACACAAGCUGAGGUACUUUUUGUGACUUUGUUUAUGAGAUAAUUACAGUGGCAAUAAAGUAUUGGAUUAUUUUCUCUUAGCUGUAACCAUAUUUAUGUGUAAAAUUAGGCAUUUCUAUCAUGUAGACACAACACUUUAAUGGGUUGCUCUGACCAGUUACAGUAUAUCAAUCUAUUAAGGGAGUACUUUGAGACCGCACUGCCCCUACAUGUCAGAAACAAACUACAUAAGGUUGUAGUAAAAUAAGAAUCCUGAUCAUGUUGCUGCAAACAGAAAGUAUACGUGAAUGCAAAUCUUUACAGAUCAACGUCAGAACUGGUUUGACAGAAAUUCAGCUCCAGGAAGAUGGAAGAUAUAUAGAGCACAGGGCAGAUUCCUUUUCCAUGAACAGAUGUGUGUUUAUGCCGGGGGCUUACCUACAACACAUCCAUCAGUACAGUGUCAUUAUCUUUACACAUCAGUCAAGUCUAGAGCUGAAUCCUACAUCCACUGUCCCAUUUUCUUGUAGAAAACAAGUAAAACCAGUUAAGACAACAAGCUGCAGGGUUUGCUUUUAACUUUUUAGUCAUUGUAAACAACAUCCUUCUGUCCAGGCACAGCCUAAAUGACACUCUAAAAUCAGAAGUUAUGUGCUGUUGUUUAAACUUUUCCUGGUAUUUGUGUCAACUUGCUUAAAACUAAAAUUGAUUAAAUGUUUAAUACUCAUUGGUUGUAUCACAGAUGUAGGAAUCGGGACCCGGUUGCUAGCGGGCUGCACCACAGGAGCGAUGGCGGUGGCCCUCGCCCAGCCCACUGAUGUGGUGAAGGUUAGGUUUCAGGCUCAGGUCCGCCUACCUGAAAACGGCUCGGUGAAGAGGUACAACAGUACGAUUGAAGCCUACAAGACCAUAGCCAGGGACGAAGGCUUCAAAGGACUCUGGAAAGGUACGUGACAGCAUUUUAAAGUAUUGUUGAAUUUAUGACGAGUGUGACUCUAAAACCACAGAAGGACUCCAAACAUCAACAUCAUGUCUAUGCAACAACUGUUUAGUUAAAUAAUGAACUUGAAUACUCCAUAAUCACACGACGAAUGCUGACAUUGCAGUGCUUUCAACCAUUGCGCCCACCCACUCACACCUUAUUAUUAGCAUUAAAUAACUGAUUUAAAUUAUUGUUUGAAAUAAAAUCCUAAUGAUUAGAGCCGAAAACAUGAUUGAGAAAAAUUACAUUGGCAUGUAGUUUGAGUUUAAACUCAGGCUCAUGUCCCAUCUGUUCACAUGGAGAAGGUCGGGCUUCAUAAGCUACACUACAGCCAGUGAGUUACAAGGAGCAUCAAACGUUUUGUCUUCACUUUUGAGGACUUGUCUUGUCGUCCAUCAUUUUACACAGUCUAGCAAAACAUACCUCUGAAAGCCACACUGGCAUAACACACAAUAGAACCUCUGAUAGUAAUAAUGUUGCAUUUUGGGUAAUGUAGGCAGCAGUUUUUCCACAAGGAAGAGGAAUAUGCACAAUCAAUAACUUAUUUGUACUUAUUUUAACUGUUUUUUAUCUGCUAUGGUUCAGCUGUUGUGGAUUUGUUAUGUGGAUUUUUUUAAGGUUCAUAUCGUAUAAUUAUAUCUUUUCAAAUAUUAAGGUUGCCUACCAAACAUCACUCGUAAUGCCAUCGUAAACUGUGCCGAGCUGGUGACCUAUGACAUUAUCAAAGAGCAAAUCCUGAAGUACGACCUCAUGACAGGUGAGCAAACCUUGCACACUCUUUCUCGCUGUUUUUUAUUUUUCUUUUAAUUUUUUAAUGACCCCUAAUUACUCAAUAAAUAUUUGUUGUCCACAGACAACAUGCCGUGUCACUUCACAGCGGCCUUCGCAGCAGGUUUCUGCACCACCAUCGUAGCGUCUCCAGUGGAUGUGGUGAAAACACGCUACAUGAAUUCAGUACAAGGGCAGUACAGCGGUGCUUUGAAUUGUGCCUUCACCAUGCUGAUAAAGGAGGGGCCUACAGCUUUCUAUAAGGGGUAUGUUGUCUUAGUCGCAAAAGAGGAAUUUUAAUAAGAGUCAAAACAAUAAAGAAGUUACAACAUCACUUCUUCUCAUCCUCUUUCUAGAUUUGUGCCAUCUUUUCUCCGUCUGGGCUCCUGGAACAUUGUCAUGUUUGUGAGCUUCGAGCAGAUUAAGAGAGCUGUGAUUAGAUGUCAGCAGUCCUGGGAGUCUCCGCUCUGA